AUGAACUUCCAUAUUCAAGGUUUAUGUAAAUGGGUCAUAAAUAUAAUGAAGUUUAAUGACGUUUGGCAAGUUGUGGAGCCAAAAAGAAAAGCUCGGGAUCAAGCAAAUGAAGAGCUGAGCGCUGCUAGGAAUAAACUUAUGGAGCUUAGAAAUAUGAUUAUUGAAUUGGAAAGGAAACAAAAAAUUUUAACAGACGAGUUUGACGGCGCCGUAGCUGAAAAAACAAAUUGUCAAAAUCAAGCAGAUGAAACAUCUAUGAGGAUCGAUUUGGCAAACCGACUCGUCAAUGGUUUAGCAUCGGAAAAUGUCCGUUGGAAAGAAAGUGUUUCAACAUUGCAAAAAAGCUUGCAAACUUUACCCGGAGAUACCCUUAUGGUUUCUGCUUUUGUGUCAUAUGUAGGUUAUUUUACAAAAACAUAUCGUCAAGAACUAAUUCAAAAUGCAUGGCUACCAUUUUUCAAAGAAGUUAAGCCCGAGAUUCCAAUAACAGAUAAUUUAGAUCCUCUAGCUUUGCUCACUGAUGAUGCACAAAUUGCAGCUUGGAAUAAUGAAGGUCUACCAAAUGAUAGGAUGUCAUCUGAAAAUGCAACAAUUUUAACUAAUUCUGUUAGAUGGCCAUUGAUGGUUGAUCCUCAGCUUCAAGGAAUUAAAUGGAUUAAAACUAAAUAUGGAAGAAGCUUAAGAAUUACUAGAUUGAACUAUAAAAAUUAUUUAUCAGAUAUAGAAAUUUGUGUAAGAGAUGGGAACGUACUAUUGAUUGAAAAUAUAGGUGAAAACAUAGACCCUGUUUUGGAUAACAUUAUUGGUCGAAACUUGAUAAAAAAAGGAAGUGCUGUAAAAAUUGCUGAAAAAGAGAUUGAUUACAAUCCGAAUUUCCAUCUUAUAUUGCACACAAAAUUGUCAAAUCCACAUUACAAACCGGAAAUGCAAGCACAGACAACACUCAUCAACUUUACUGUGAACCGUGAUCAACUUGAAGAUCAAUUAUUAGCGGAAGUUGUGAAAGUUGAAAGACCGGAUUUAGAAAAAAUGAGAAUUGAUCUGACCAAACAACAAAAUAGUUUUAAAAUAACAUUGAAACAACUUGAAGAUGAUUUAUUACAGAGACUGUCUUCAGCUGAUGGUGAUCAGAUACUUGGUGACAAAGAACUUGUUUUGAACCUUGAAAAGUCUAAAAAAACGGCUACGGAAAUUGAAGUAAAAGUGGCCGAAGCAAAAAUAACAUCAAAAGAAAUUGACUCUGCCCGUGAAGAAUAUCGCAUUGCUGCAACACGAGCAUCAAUAGUUUAUUUUAUAAUGAAUGAUUUAAUAAAAAUAAAUCCAAUGUAUCAGUUCUCUCUAGAGGCUUUUAGUGUUGUCUUUCAACGAGCUAUGAGAGAUGCAGAAAAAGCAGACACAUUAAAUAAGCGAAUAGUCAAUUUGGUGGAUAAUAUAACUUAUCAAACAUUUAUUUAUACUAGUAGAGGAUUAUUUGAAAAGGAUAAAUUAAUAUUCAUCUGUCAAGUGACCAUUCAGGUACAACUUCAAGCAAAUAAAAUAAAACUGAUAGAGUUAGAAUAUUUGUUGAGAAGGCCAGCAAUUACUGGAUUAUCUAGUCCAUUUGAUUUUAUUUCAUCAAAUGUAUGGGGAGCUAUACGAUCACUUGUUUUAGCUGAUGAUGAAUAUGCUGGUCUAGACAAGGAUAUUGAAACUUCCGGUAAACGAUGGCAGUUAUACUUUGAUGGUGAAGCUCCAGAGAAAGAUAAAUUACCACAAGAAUGGAAAAACAAAACUCCAUUCCAGAGACUUUGUAUAAUAAGAGCUUUAAGAACUGAUCGAAUGACUUAUGCUACUAAAGUAUACGUCCAAGAAGUUCUUGGUCUCAAAUAUACCAAUUUUAGACCUCCGGAGUUCAUUGAUUCAUUUAAAGAAACUACUUGUAAAACACCUGUAUUUUUUAUAUUAUCAGCAGGAGUUGAUCCAACACGUGAUGUUGAAGCUGUUGGUAAAAAAAAAGGAUUUACAAUUGAAAAGAAGAACUUCCAUAAUAUAUCUUUAGGGCAAGGACAAGAGCAAGUGGCAGAAGAUGCUAUAGAGUUAAGUUCUCGGUUGGGUAAUUGGGUUAUGUUACAAAAUGUACAUCUAGUACAAAAGUGGCUGCCUUCUUUGGAUAAAAAAAUGGAAGCAUCUUUUGAACAUCCACAUGUCAAUUAUAGAAUAUUUAUUAGUGCUGAACCCGCCGCUGACCCACUCUAUCAUAUUAUUCCUCAAGGUGUUUUAGAUUCUUCAAUAAAAAUUACUAACGAACCACCAACAGGAAUGAUGGCAAAUUUACAUAAAGCCUUAGAUAAUUUCAAUCAAGAUACACUUGAGAUGUGUUCUAAAGAAGCAGAAUUCAAAGCGAUUCUUUUUAGUUUAUGUUAUUUUCAUGCAUCUAUACAGGAGAGAUCAAAGUUUGGAGCUCAGGGAUGGAAUAGGUCGUAUCCAUUUAAUGUGGGUGAUUUAACGAUAUCAGUGAACGUAUUAUAUAACUACCUGGAAGCUAACAAUAAAGUUCCUUGGGAAGAUCUUAGAUAUCUUUUUGGAGAGAUCAUGUAUGGUGGACACAUUACCGACGAUUGGGAUAGAAGGUUAUGUCGGACAUAUCUUGAAGUCUACAUGAAUCCAGAUCUAAUGGAAGGAGAUCUUUUAUUUGCACCUGGUUUUGUGGCACCACCAAAUACAGACUAUAAGUCAUAUCAUGAAUAUAUAGAUGAUUUAUUGCCAUCAGAAAGUCCUGUACUGUACGGACUUCACUCAAACGCUGAAAUUGGCACGCUCACUACAAGGUCUGAAAACUUAUUCCAAACUCUAUUGGAAAUGCAACCCAGAGAUUCGGGUUCAUCAGGUGGAACUGGCAUGUCAAGAGAUGAAAAAGUUAGACAAACUUUGGACGACAUUCUUGAUAAAGUUCCAGAACCGUUUAAUUUAAUAGAUCUGAUGAGUAAGGUCGAAGAACAAACUCCAUAUGUAAUCGUUUCAUUCCAAGAAUGUGAGCGUAUGAAUGGGUUAAUGAAUGAAAUUAGAAGGUCAUUAAAAGAACUACAUUUGGGAUUAAAGGGUGAACUGACAAUAACAGCAGACAUGGAGGCGUUAGAAGAAUGUUUGUUCAUGGACAAAGUUCCGCCUAGCUGGGAAAAGCGUGCUUAUCCCUCUUUAUUACCUUUAGCAGCUUGGUAUGCAGAUUUAUUGAAGAGGUUACGUGAACUAGAAGCAUGGGUUAGCGAAUUUCAGCUUCCAUCGUCGGUAUGGUUAGGUGGAUUUUUCAAUCCGCAAUCAUUUUUAACUGCUAUAAUGCAGUGCACUGCUCGAAAAAUGGGAUGGCCUUUAGAUAAGAUGUGCUUACAAUGUGAUGUAACGAAAAGAUACCAAGAAGAAAUCACGAUAGCACCCAGAGAAGGGGCCAUGAUAAAUGGAUUGAUAUUAGAAGGUGCUCGUUGGGACUUAACCACAGGUUGCAUUGUCGAAUCCACUCCAAAAGAUUUGUUUCCAAUAAUGCCGGUGAUACACGUUAAAGCUAUAAUCAAAGACAAACAAGAUUUGAGGAAUAUUUAUGAGUGCCCAGUUUACAAAAUAAAACUGAGAGGGCCAACAUACGUUUGGACGUUUAAUUUAAAAACGCGACAAAAACCAUCCAAAUGGAUUUUAGCUGGUGUAGCAAUACUACUUAGUGUAUAG